AUGAUGAACUCAACACAGGUUUCUCAUUUCACUCUUAGUGCUUAUUUUGAUAUCAAACAGUUGAAAUACUUCAUAUUUAUGCUUGUGCUGUUUUUGUAUAUUUUAAUCCUUGGUUCUAAUAUUCUGCUGAUUGUGGUGAUCUGUGUGAACAGGAGCUUACAUGAACCUAUGUACAUAUUUCUGUGCAGCCUGUUUGUGACUGAACUGUAUGGCAGCUCAGGCCUGUUUCCCUUCCUGCUGGUUCAGAUCCUCUCAGAUGUUCACACAGUUUCUGUUCCGCUCUGUUUCUCACAGAUUUUCUGUCUUUACACUUAUGCAGCUGCAGAGUUUUAUAAUCUAGCCGUCAUGUCUUAUGACCGAUACCUGGCCAUCUGUCAUCCUCUGCAGUAUCAUUCACUGAUGCCCCUGAAGAAAGUUGCAAUUUUAAUUGCAGCAGCCUGGAUAACUGGCUUUUUAGUGGUUACUACGACAACGUCCUUGAGUUUCACUCUGAAGCUCUGUGGAAACGUCAUUAACAAAAUGUACUGCGACAACUAUUCAAUAGUUAAACUGGCCUGCUUUGAUGUUACAGUCAACAACAUCUAUGGACUAAUUAGCGCUGGUCUCACUGUUUUUAUUCCAUUUACUAUAUUUCUCUACACCUAUAUGAGAAUCCUGAACGUGUGUUUUUCUGGGUCCAAACAGACCCGGCAGAAAGCGGUCAGUACCUGCACUCCUCACCUGGCUUCUCUGAUUAACUUCUCAUUUGGUAUUUGCUUUGAGGUGUUGCAGAGCAGGUUUAACGUGACCAGUGUUCCUGAUGUUAUAAAAGUAUUGUUGUCACUCUACUAUAUAACAUGUCAGCCGCUGUUCAACCCUCUGGUGUAUGGCCUCAAGCUGUCGAAAAUACGCAGCAUGUGGAAACGACUUUUAAUGCGCAAAACAGCAUUGUACGACCAGAUUAUGCUCCCAGACCAAUACAAAGAACUAGUGUACAAAUACCUUCACUACUCAUCACCUGACUAUUGGGCGCCAGACUCCAUGCCUGACUAUGGGGCGCCAGACUCCACGCCUGACUAUGGGGCGCCAGACUCCAUGUCUGACUAUGGGGCGCCAGACUAUGAGGCUCCUGAUUCUAGGCCUGACUCUAAGCUCCGAGGUUCAUCUACUCGGUGCGGCCAACCUCCUGACCGAGGGUCCCCUACUUGGUGCGGCCGAACCUCCUGA